AUUGUAACCGAAUCGUUUGAAAAUUUAUAUAUACCCUUUUCUUUAACUUUCAAAUCAUUGUUUUUUCCCAUAAUAAUUCAUUAAAGAUUACCUAAUACUGAGGUAUUAUAUUUUGCUAUUGUUUUGAAUAACCAUGACUGAAGAGGCAACGCCAAAGCCCAUACUUAUCUCAAGAAAUACCAAUGAAAAUGAUGGUAUUAGUGAAAGCAUUAAGCCAAGAAAACAAGUAACGUUCAAACGGAUUGUUGAAUACUUUACGUAUACGGAAAAUUGGAAAAUGGAAAUGGAUAAACCCUCAUCUUUGCUGCCAGAUGAGAGCCUGCAACUGGGCGGCUCAGAGAUACCCAAAAGACGAAUUUAAGUCAUACUUUGCAAUCGACUAAAAGGAAUUUCCCUCUUCUCCUCCCACCAAGCCACCAACAUCCCAAAAGAUAAUAAAAAAAUUUUCGUCGACGUGACAAUUUUACUAAAGUUGUUUACUUAUGAGAAGAAUGUGUUCAUGCUGUGUGUUUUUCCCUUUUCGCCAAUUACGUGUAUAAAUAUAUACAUAUAUAUAUA